AUGCUUCACGAAGCGACGACAUCAAGCGCGACCGAGAAUUCCCUUGAAUCCAACGAAACGAAUACGUCAAAUGAAAACAACGUCGUUUCACAUUUAAUUACGAAAACAACAUUUGACAAAUCUCGUGUUCUAUUAGCUACCGCGCGGAUUCAGGUGAGUUCUUCGUCUGGUCGCACAGAUGUCAUACGCGCAUUGUUAGAUCAAGGAUCUGUCACUAGUUUAAUUAGUGAAAAUCUCGCUCAACGGCUACGGUUAUCGCGAACACGCGUUGCUGUCUCGGUUACCGGAAUCGGUGAAACGCAAUCCGUCGCACGACAUGCUGCUCUUAUUUCGGUAUCAUCUAAGACCGGCAAGGGUCCGUCAUACUCAACGACCGCAAUUAUUAUGCGCUCUCUGACUAAAUACACGCCGCCUAAAAUAGCAUAUCAAAUCUCUCUCGCUCAUUUAAGCGGCCUGCCAUGGGCUGAUCCGCAGCCCUCAAGUGCCGAUCCGAUCGAAAUGAUCAUCGGCGCUGAUCUAUACGGUGCUGUUCUGUUACCGGGCCUGUGCUCUGGUUCCUCUAAUCAACCAACAGCACAGAAUUCCAUUUUCGGCUGGAUCAUGUCUGGUCCGAUUUCGACGAGUUCGUCUUCAAACAUGUCUAACGUGACAGUUAAUCAUACCACGUUGCACGACAAUCUCGAUGACGAAAUUCGUCAGUUCUGGGAAGUCGAAGAACUUCCGCAAGUAUCAUACCUCACUCCUGAGGAACAACGUUGUGAGGAACAUUUCCGAGCAACUCAUUCUCGUGACUCGAAUGGACGGUACGUCGUACGGCUACCGUUCAAAGCCAAUCCUCCGAUUGCAAUAGGCGAAUCUCGUCACAUCGCCUCAUCACUUCUUUCACGGCUUGAAGGCCGUCUUCAAAAUAAAAGGGAUAUCGCAUCCGAAUAUCGAGAGUUCCUACUGGAAUACGAAAAUCUCGGUCAUAUGAAGAAAGUAGACGAACCCGUCUCUGCUUCACAAUCAGUUUACAUCCCGCAUCAUGCGGUGAUUCGCGAGCAUAGCAGCACCACGCGGUUGCGCGUCGUGUUCAAUGCAUCUCAGUCGACAUCGAACGGCUCUUCACUUAACGAUCAUCUCAUGAUCGGUCCUAAGUUACAAACCGACCUUCGUUCGGUAAUUCUUCGAUGGCGACAACAUCGUUAUGUUUUCACUGCCGAAAUAUCGCAAAAAUGUAUAGGCAGAUUCAAGUCGAUCCGCGCGAUCAAGACUAUCAGCGCAUCUUAUGGCGCUCUUCAUCAUCCGAAGCGGUGCAAGACUACCGCUUGCUUACUAUUACUUACGGUAUGGCGUGUGCUCCAUACCUCGCUCUUCGCACGAUUCAGCAAUUGA